AUGGGUGGCUUCACCUGUUGUGUGCCAGGGUGCAAUAACAAUAGUACCCGGCAAAAAGGCAUCGGGUUUUACGUGUUCCCAAAGGAAAAAAGCCUGCGUGAGACCUGGUUACGAGGACUCAACAGAGCUGGACAGAGCGGAAGGUUUUCAAAGUUUGUGCCAACCACGGGCCACAGAGUGUGUGGGGCACAUUUCCAAGGAGGGAAAAAGACUUACAUGGUGCGGGUGUCGACCAUCUUCCCCCUCCAACAAAAGAAGGUGGUGAAAAGGCGUCCCUUAACACGCAUAAAGCCCACUACAUUCAACGGCUCAAGUAUGCCAGCGGCCCAGCAGGAGGCCACCACAGGAGCUGCAGAUGACGUCGACCCUGGCACCGCCUGCUGCAGCACCGUAGAUGACGAAACACUGCCAGAGCUCAACCCACUGUCAGAUCACUCCUACAGUGUUCAUAACAAGAGUGAGACCGAGCUCCUCAGGAAGAUCUCUAGCCUGAAGGAUGUGAUUGGAAGCUUAGAGGAGGAAGUUAAAAAGGUACAAGCUCAAGUGAUAUCACUGAAAAGGCAGCUUGACAAGAGCCGCCAAGAACAGGUUGACUCAAUGAAGCUGUGCGACCGAGUAAAACAAAAAAACAGGUCGCUUAAGCUUGAUCUCUCGGCCACGUACAGGCGGAUGAAGGAAGCGGAAGCUAAGGGAACGACAGAGUUUCGUUACGAAGCCAUCAAACAGGACCACAAGAAACUGAGGUACUACACAGGCUUCACGUCACCUGAACGCUUAGACGUGUUUUGGUCCCUUCUGGAGCCAGAUGCUAAAAGAUUGCAGUUUUGGCAAAUGAAAGAAACGGAAAACGAGGACCGCAGCUUUAUUCUGCCUCUGAAGACUCAGCUGAUUUUAAUACUCCUUCGUCUUCGAUUGGCGCUUGACGGAGCAGACCUUGCUUUCAGGUGGGCCAUCUCCUUUGAAAACCGAUAUCCUUUUAUUGGCUGCGACAGACAUGUUGGUUAA